AUGCAAAAUCUUCAGAAGUAUCUGGCUUCCGAGUUUGAGAUGAAGUCAUUGGGUGAUUUGAAGUACUUUCUUGGGAUUGACGUUGCCAUAUCUAAACAUGAUCAUAUGGGUGCUGUGAUGCGCAUCUUAAGGUAUCUGAAAGUAACUCCUGGAAAGGGGUUAAUGUUUUGCAAGUAUGGUCAUACAGAUGUGGAAGGGUAUACAGAUGCUGAUUGGGCUGGUUCAGUCACUGAUAGACGUUCUACGUCUGGGUAUUUCACAUUUUUUGGUGGUAAUCUUGUUACUUGGAGGAGUAAAAAGUAA